UAUAACCAAGAGCCCUAAAUCUCUAGAGAAGCAAAGCGAUCGAUUUUGCGAACCGCGCGGCCCUCUCUCCACGAAGUCCAAGCGCGCUCAUAGCUAGAGAUCAGUAGAGUAGAAAUUUCUAGCUCGCAUUCUUCUUGUUUGUGUGCUUCUUGCUCGAAAAUUUUGGUUUCUUUUGUGUGUUGAUGGCAGCCCAGGGCACGGCGACUUGCUCUACUCCCGGCAGAGCCCCGUGCCUCAUCUCCAAUCCGCCGAGGAAGACGCCGGGGAAGCUCCAGCUCCAGAGCGAUCGAUUCAUCCCAGAUCGCAGCGCCAUGAAUUUCGAUGUCGCAAAUAUGCUCGUGCUCGGCAAGGAGAACUCGCAUUCUCAGCAGCAGCAGCAACAGCAGCAGCAUCUGAGGUACGAUUGCUGCCAGGAAGAGUACAAGAAGCAGCUCGCCGAGAAUCUCUUGAAAGACGCCAACAUCCUCCACAAGGAGAGCCGGAUUCUUGCCUUCAAGAACAGGCCUCCGCCGCCUCCCGAGGGAUUUGACAAGGAAUCCAGCCUCUUGUACAGCGAGAACACGGCUCCGGGCGCUUCCAGGCCUCGCAAGAUGUUUAGACACAUUCCCCAGGCUCCAGAGAGAACUCUCGACGCACCCGAGAUUCUAGACGACUACUACCUCAACUUGCUCGACUGGGGAUCAAACAACGUGGUCGCGGUCGCUCUCGGACACACCGUCUACCUCUGGAACGCGAGCACGGGUAACAUCGAAGAGCUCAUGCAAGCAAACGAGGAGGACGGUCCCGUGACUAGCGUUGCUUGGGCGCCCGACGGCAAGCAUAUCUCUGUGGGCCUUAGCAAUGCGGACGUGCAGCUCUGGGAUUCAUUGUCUCUUCGCCAGGUGCGAUCUCUCAAGGCCCACUCUGCUCGAGUUGGAAGCCUGGCCUGGAAUGGUCCGAUUCUCAGUACCGGGGGUCGUGACAACGUUAUCUUCAACCAUGACGUUCGCAUCCGUGAGCACGUAACUGGCAAGAUGGUAGCACACCAGCAGGAAGUUUGCGGCUUGAAGUGGUCGCCUUCUGGACAGCAGCUGGCUAGCGGUGGUAAUGACAACCUUCUUCACAUCUGGGAUGCUGCCGCUGCUGUUUCCGGUGGUACAAGCUCGUAUCUGCAUCGUCUGGACGAGCAUCAAGCGGCUGUCAAAGCCCUUGCCUGGUGUCCUUUCCAGAGCAAUCUCUUGGCCUCCGGGGGUGGCACGGCAGACCGAUGCAUCAAAUUCUGGAACACGCACACUGGAGCUUGCAUCCAAAGCGUCGACACGGGCUCUCAGGUGUGCGCGUUGCAGUGGAGCAAGCAUGAGAGAGAGCUGCUAAGUUCGCAUGGAUUCAGCCAGAACCAGUUGAUCUUGUGGAAGUACCCGUCUAUGGUGAAGAUGGCGGAACUUACCGGUCACACGUCCAGAGUCUUGCACUUGGCGCAGAGUCCUGAUGGCUACACAGUUGCUUCUGCCGCUGGAGACGAAACACUCAGGUUCUGGCAAGUCUUUGGCAAUCCCGACACAGCGAAAGCAGCGGUUCGAACGAAGGCAAGGGAAACAUACAGUGCCUUGAACAGCCGCUGUAUUCGGUAAGCGUAUCAAUUUCUUGUAAGUUUGCAUUGCUUCCGGAGCUUGUAUGUAUGAUGCAUCCAUGUCUUAGGUUAGGAAGUCCAUGAUCGCGAACCAGCGCGAUCGUGGCAAAAUGGCGUUCCUCGACGCCAUCGGUUCUAAUACUUCUCUGUG